CAAACUGUCCCCCAACAUAUCCUCAACCAACACACAACCCGAGUAAUUCAUCACUGAUUUACCAGCGAACGAGCGAGCGACAGACGGGAUGCCAAAAACUGAAUCGAGUAUCGUCAUUGGGACUUGUGGAGGGGUUAGGAUCUGAAUAACAGCGAGAUAGCAGGAUCAAAACAGAGUAAGGGGAGGCCACGAACAGCUCCGUGCUUUCUCUCCAUCAACUUCCCGGAGGGCUGCGCAUGCAGCCUGUGUGUGAGUUAGUGAAACUAGCUAGUCUAGUAUUGUUCUGACUUCACUACAGUGCCCACUCCGAGAGAGAGAGAGAGGACGCACAACAAAAGGGAAAGAAAGGAAGCAAGGACGGACUAAUUAUAACGAACACGGUUGUAGUUGAACGUAAUGGUUCUGCGAUACCAAUCUUAGAUCCCAAGAUUGAUCAGUUUUAGUUCUGUUUGGUUUGCGUCUUUGUCGCCGAGAGUGGACUCGCCGGGUGGUGUUGCGCCGAGCUGAAACGGGGCUGUCCACAUGGUCCAACCACUGGUGUGAAAGUUGACUUCUUCAGAAUUCAAGAACAGGUGCCACGUGAUGAUGGUGGAAUCAGCCUCUGAGACCACUCGAACUACGCCCUCCAAUCAGAACGGAGUCAGCAGCCUCAGCAGCCAUUCGGACGGCGGGGGAGGGAGAGAAGGCGGGUCCAACGGGGACACCAAUGGGGAGAUCAGCCAAGUGGACCUACUGCACCUCCAGCAGCAACAGGUGCCAGUGUCCAUGGCUAUGUUGACCCCUCAGAUGAUCACUCCUCAACAGAUGCAGCAGAUCCUGUCCCCUGCUCAGCUACAGGCCCUGCUGCAACAACAACAGGCCAUCAUGCUACAACAGCUACAGGAGUACUAUAAGAAGCAGCAGGAGCAGCUGCAUCUUCAGCUUCUGACUCAGCAGCAGCAGCAGCAAGCUGGGAAGCAGGCAGCCAAAGAGAGUCUCCACUCACCUGGUGUCCCAGGUCUGAGAGGAAGAAAGAGAAGCAGCACUGCUGAGGACCUCGAGGCCCGGAGGUGCUCACCCUACUGGUUAGAAUGGGUAUGGCAGCAGCAGCUAGGUAACAAGCAGUUGGCCUUCCAGCAGCAGCUCAUUCAGAUGCAGCAGCUUCAGCAGCAGCACAUCCUCAACCUGCAGAGACAAGGCCUGGUCUCCCUACAGCCCACUAACCCCAUGCAGAGCCUGCAGCAAGCCAUGUGUCCUGGGGACCUGCAGCAGCUUUGGAAGGAGGUGUCGGGGGUGCAGUCUGCAGAGGAGGCCCUGAAGCAGCAGCAGACUGGAGAGGGUCUGGACCUCAGUACCAACUCUACCUCAUCCUCCUUCCCCAAAGCAAACACACACAACACCCUGCACAGCCUGCACAACGGACAAAGCAACCACACCCCAAAGAGAGACAGAUAUAGAGACAGAGCAAGACUCUUUGAAUGGAUCUCCUCCUUCAGCAAGGCAGACCUUGGAGAUGAACACCUCAUGCCUUACACCAAAGGCGGCCCACUAUCCAGCAGCCACCACGAGGAGCAUGCAGGUUCCCAUCCUCUCUAUGGCCAUGGAGAGUGUAAAUGGCCUGGCUGUGAGGCUCUGUGUGAUGACAUGGGACAGUUCAUCAAGCAUUUGAACAAUGAGCAUGCUCUGGAUGACCGCAGCACGGCCCAGUGCAGGGUGCAGAUGCAGGUGGUCCAACAGCUGGAGAUACAGCUGUCCAAGGAGAGUGAGCGACUGCAGGCGAUGAUGACCCACCUGCACAUGCGCCCUUCGGAGCCAAAGUCUUUCAAUCAACCUCUGAACCUGGCGUCCAGUGGCUCCCUGCUGAAGAGGGAGAGCGAGGCGUACCCCGAGGGUCUACCUCACCCCCCCACCUCCGCCGCCGCCCCUAUUACCCCGGUCCGCCAGGGCCCCUCUGUCAUCAGCUCCUCCAGCCUGCACUCACACUCACACUCACACUCACACUCACACUCACACUCACACCCGCACGGCGUGGGACCCAUACGCAGGCGCAUCGCUGACAAGUUCUGCACCCCCAUCGCCUCAGGUAUACGAGAGGAGCUGGCGCAGAACUGUGAGUUCUAUAAGAAUGCUGACGUCAGACCUCCCUUCACCUACGCCUCUCUCAUACGCCACGCCAUUCUGGAGGCUCCAGACAUGCAGCUGACUCUUAAUGAGAUCUAUAACUGGUUUACGCGAAUGUUCGCCUACUUCAGGAGAAACACAGCCACAUGGAAGAAUGCUGUGCGCCACAACCUGAGUCUGCAUAAGUGUUUUGUGAGGGUGGAGAAUGUGAAGGGGGCCGUGUGGACGGUGGACGAAGUGGAAUACCAAAAGAGAAGACCACCAAAGAUGACUGGGAGUCCUACUCUGGUGAAGAAUAUGAUUUCAGGCCUGGGCUUCGGUUCCCUAAACGCCAGCUACCAGGCGGCCCUUGCAGAGAGCAGUCUGACUCUGCUGAACAGCCAGGGCCUGGUUAACCCCUCCUCUGCCGCCAGCCUCAACAUGCUACACGGGAUGGGUCACAAUGACGUCAGCUCCACUGUGGAACAGGUCAACAGCAACGGCAGCUGCAGCCCUACACUCAGCCCACAGCAGUAUGGACACCAGAUCCAUGUGAAGGAGGAGCCCACUGAGGUUGAGGAGGACAGACGCUCCGUGUCGCUCAUGGCAACUAUCACUCAUGGCAACAUGGCAUUGCCUAGCGAUCGAGAUGACCGAGAUUUGGAGGAUGAGCUUCCAACCGACGAGCUGGAGUAGGAUUGGAAGAGCUUAACCAGUGGGCGGGACUUUGAGGUUUAAUCCCGCCCCCUCCAUUGGAGGGAAGAGAAAUUAUGACACAUAAAAAAGAAGAUAUAGAGUUUUUUUUUUUUAAGUAUGAUUACUUUUAAAGCAAGAAACCAACAACAAUGAGAAACUUCAAACAGGGUUAGACCUCCGUUAUGUACCGAUGCAAAAAUAACACUCUGGAGCAUUGCUUUAUCCCCACAGGUUUUCACCCACCUCACCCAAACCUUCCUCCCCCACCCUAUGAGCAGCGUAUUGCCAGAGAGACAGCUCUCAGUGGUGAUAUGGAGGCCCCUCUUCUCUUCUCCUCUGUCCUCCUCUCCCUGCUGAUUGUGACAGAUGGUCUAUCCACCCUACAGUCCUUUAGUGCUGGUAGUUUGAUGUUCACACCAGUUAAAUAUACACACAGGUGUGUGUGAGGGAGAGUGUAGAGACACACACACACCAGAUCAUGUAAUAUAGUUUGGAACAGUCACCAGGAUGUGUAUACUUCUCCUCCGAUCCUGUCAGUCGCUUUUUAUUUUCUUCUGUUAACUGAGAGAGAAGGAAAGACAGUUGUAGUUUUCUCAAAGAUUACCCCACAUCUGCUCACACAUCAGAAACCAAGCGUGCAAGCCAGUCAGUGAUCCAUAGGUGAGACUGAGACUGAGACUGGAUGGCAGGACUCUGCAGCCCAUGCCAGACAAGACUCUCUCUCCUCCUUAUGCCAAACACAGAAUGAAGAAAUCCCUACCAAACAGAUUUCAGGAAGAGGACCCUUUGUUGCAUUAGUCCUUCUUCAUGCAUGAUAGAGUGAUGGGCCCAGGCCACCAUGGGAGAGAGAGAGGGAGGGAGGGAGCAUCCACACAGCGAUAUCUGAAUAAAAUGGUUGAUGAUUAUGGAAUACAAAAAAUGUUACAUCCAAAAAGUGGUUUCUUUUUCACAUCUUUUUUUAUUUGAUGGUUUCUUUGUUUAUUUUUUAGGGUCAAUAUUUCCAUGGUGAUAUAAUUCUGUUUCAAAGUGUAUUUUGUAGUUUUUUGGUUUUUAUUGACUCUGCUGGUUCACACCAUUCUAUACUAGUAUUGUCAGCAAAGAAAGCGUUGUUCCAAAAUACCCAACCCACCCUCCGCUGAAUACCUUUCUGUGUGUCUGGGUGUGCCCGUUUAGAUGGCAGGAGAUUGAGAAUAGCACUUAGGAUCUGGGGCCUCAGCUCCUGAGAACACUCACUCAUUAUCCCCACAGUUUAUCAUACAUUUGUAUUAUUCCUUUUCAACUCAUUCCUUUUGAUUUUAUCUUCUCGUAGUUAGUUGAGAAACAUCAGCUGUGAUACAAAGCAAUGCUUUAAAAAAUAUAUUAUUACGGUCAGAGAAUACCUCAUCCCACAAAGGUUCCAUCUGGAACUGUGUCCAAAAUGUUAAAGAAAUAAGGGGAAUUCUUUCUGCGGGACACCAAAAUGUGGCAACUCAGUUUCAGUUCAAAGUUCUAUUGUUACUAUAGUUACUGUAUAGAAGCUAUCUGCAAUUCACUGUGUGAGUUGGACUAAAAGAAUAGCACGUGAGAUUACAAAUCUUUUGUUUUCAGUGAGCAUAAAAGCAUUACCUUCUCUGCAGUGCCAUACCAAAUUUAAACACAUUAUUUUAAUGUAUCUUCUGCUUUUUUCCCUUUUUAUUUUUGUUACAGGUAACCAAAGAAAUGUGUAGAAAACCAAAAACCCUGUAGUUUAUUUCCCCUUUUGAGUUUUUCCUCUAAAGAACUGGCCAGAAGACAACCAACACCUGAAAUCUAAGUUAUCAUUGUAUUAUCGUAACUCCUGCGUUGAAUUUGUUCAUGACAGUACUGACCAUUCCAAAAACCAAAGUAUAAAAUGCAAAAUAGAAUUUGGUGAUGUUAAAAGCUUUUUACAUACGUGUUAACUGGUGCGAAUGACGACUCACGUUAGGUGUGCUGUGGUAGAAGGCCAAAAACAGUAUUAACAAACAGCCUCUUGCAGUUCCUUGGAUAAAGAAAGAAAGCGCUGAGGAUUUAAAUGUGUAUCUCUCCAUGCUCAGGCUACCUGUGUUUCAAACACAACCCUAAGAGAGGCUCCGCUGUGGGCAGGCCUAAGAUGGGCUUUACAGUUAAAGAUGGCAAAUCAUUAUCUUACCCUCAUAAGGCACUUGAACACAACAUUUAUCUCCCUUUAUGUGACACUAGAAGCCAGCAAAAAAAAAAAACUGUGGGCUGUUGUCAGUUGUCCAUUAACCGGGAUACCGGGCCAGAAAAAGACAUUGUUAUUGCACUGCAAUAAUGCAUGUUUGGAUUCAUUUCCUCAGCCAAAACAAUGCUUUCAUUGUGAAACUCAACACUAUCAAUUCAAACAUCCCUUCUUGCUAUGCAGCAGAAUGUUAUCUUCUUGAGCCGGGUACCAGUUAGACUGAAUAACGAACGGUUUAGCCGUGAACGGUUUAGCCGUGAACGGUUUACUUACUGUACCUUCUGUACUGCUCACCUACAGUAUACUCUAGCAGACACAACAGUUUAACAAAUACCAAAAAGGACAAGUGUUAUAAUACAUAGGAACAAUGAUAAUUGUUGACUCCUAUAUUGUCUUCAUGCUCUCACAUUGCUAUAGAAACCCCUUCAUAUCCCCAGUCUCAGAUGUGCUGUGAGGAGUUGUGAUGAAGACCGUUUGAAGCUGGCUGUCAUCCCAAACAUCACACCAAUGGACAGGGGGGGCUGUUCAGAACAGACAUACCAUUAUGACCACUUGUGAUACAGCAAAGAGGGAACAACUGACAAACGACAAAAUCAUACCAAUGUAGAAGGAACACGCCAAGGGGCAUGUCAACGUAUGUAUUGUUUUCUAAAACAACAUUCGGGGAAGUUUUGUCAAAUCAACUCUUCACUUCAGACCAUUUGCUUUCUUUUUUAAAUAGAGGAGUCUUUGUAUUAACUUCCUGUGUAAAACAGCACUGUCUCCUGUCUAAGUAGGGUUCUGAUGCUUCACGUCAUCAGAUUGAUUUAUAACAAACAAAGUGGGAGAGGGACACCUUGAAACGAGAGUAAAAACCAAAAAUAACACUACCUCCUUUUCAAAAUGGUUCACACAAUAAAAGCAAAUGGGAGACUGGAGACCCUAAAUAUUUCUGUUUUUUUCCCCAUUCUUCCUUAAUAAUAAUAGUGAAAUAUACCAAAACACAGCUUACUGUUACUACACAUUUUGUGGGGCUGAAAAAGCUUGUCUGGCUAUCUGGACUCCAAAUUCACGAGCGUGAGCGCAAAAACAAAGAGACUUUACAACAACGCUGCACCCCGUUAAAGAUGCCUACCUCUCCUAAAACCACAGAGAACCGGUGCGUUCUGCAUCCCGUUAAAGAUGCCUACCUCUCCUAAACCACAGAGAACCGCUGCGUUCUCCUAAGAGUGAAGAGUGAAGUGGUUUAAAAGGUCUACUCUCAGCUGGGUAUUAUUGGCUGUCUCUGUGCUUUCAUUAGCAUAUGGCUCCGUGAACAGCCUCUUAAUUGGGUCCUCUAAUUGUAUGCACGCAUAUUGAUGAGCAGGCUUUGCCAGCAGCCAAUGAUAGUCCGGUUGUUAGCGGCGAUUCAAUGGGGCAGGAAGCUGAUUGUCAGGAGGGAGGAGGGGCAGAAUAUAUCAGUGCCCGGCACCCGCCAGUGGACCACACACACACUAGUGCCCGCCACACGCCAGCGGCCCGCACUUCACAUUAAUGCAGGAAACGGCUGUAAGAUGGCAGCGAUAAAAGACACACUCUCUUACCAUCUGUAGUCAGUGUUCAGUCCAAAGGGCCCUGAGUACCAGUCAGAGCUGGGAAUAUAAUCCCUGUGACAUGGAGCUGUCCCCUCAUGGUGAAUAGUGGCUGCUGUCACUAGGAGCCGGGCCCCUGGUGGCCCCUGUGGUUCAGACAGCUGAGGAGAGGCUCUGAGUAACUGAAGAUAGUAUCCAAAGACAAACACAGAGCUUACUGUACACUGUACAUCCUCAAUUGCCACUCGCUGGGAGACGGGCAAUAAUAACACACGCUUACAAAGGAAUUUAUCAUUACUACUAUUAUUAUUGUUAUGAUCCAAACUCUCAUGAAUGAGGAACUGCUGCAUUCAGUAAAUAUAAAUGAAUUAUCGUGCUUUAAGGUACACCUGUAAACCACGCUGUUUUAUAAAGAUGUAGAUUGACAUUCGCUGAUGGUGUUGACAGAUCGUCAUAGACGGUUCUGUUCCUUCUCCGGCUUUGCUGUUAUGAUGUAUUAUUGUAUAUUAACGCUUGGCUUAGCUCUCGAGGGCAUUCUUUCCCAUUAUGUCUUUUUGAUUUUCUGUUGUGUUCAUUUUCUGCACCUGUUUAGCUAUUGUAAAGCUUCCAGCUCUGAUUCCUAUACUGUAUUGCUAAUGCUGAAGUGUAUGUAUUUGAUCAUAUUAAGUGCUGCAGGUAUCUGGGUUUAAUCGGUUUUGUUUUGUCCUUUUUUUCAGUUUUCUUCAUAAAAACGUCUGGGACGAUGAUUUUUUAAGUGUAUUAUCUCUAAAAAAUUAAAUAAUUAAAGUUAGAUAAGUGGUUUAGGUAACACCUGUUUGUAUAUUUAUCUUAGCUAGGUCUAUUUUGAUACUUUUGUCUCUGUACUGCAUUUAUGCAUUUUUAAGGAAAGAAAAAGAAAAACUUACUGAAAACAAUGUAAAAAGUUGACUUCAUUAUGUAUUGAUGAUACCUCAGAAGGACUUUUCUCUAAGACAGGACCAAAACCUCAGAAAAAAAGAGAGAAAAAUAAUUGAAGAAAAUAUGUUGCUUUUGAAGAUGUAGCAAUGUUGAGGUGACGUUUUUGGUCCUUAAGGUGCCAAUAUGUGUCCUCUGAUCCCCGACCCCAGUCAUUCCUGGUGACCUUUAAGCCUCACAGCUGUCAAUCACUCCACAGGGCAACUGGGCGUGGCCCUGAGUCACACACCUGGUGACGUUUGUCCAAUCAGAAUCUUUGUUUUCUUAUAUUCCCAAACACACCGACACACACACAAACACACACAUUCUAAUGGCUUUCAGAAAUGCAGUUCAUCUUCCGUCAUGCACCGAAGGUUUUGUGAGUGGCCGUGGCACAUCAGCUAACAGACUACCACAACCGUAACCAAACCAAGCGCAGGCAUUGCUCUAGAGCAACACCAAGGUGAAUGUCCUGUAUUAGCAACGUAAUAUACCACAAGCUACUUCCUAUACCUCGAACCAUUCUACGCUAUCCCCAUCACUAUCAUCUCUCAGACGACCACUCUUCCUAUUGGAUCAUUAGUGACUCCGGGGUCCUACUUGGGCCCGCCCCCGCUCUAUGAUUGGACAGCUCUGAGGUGUCAUGUCGAGGAGAAGAGGUCUUAAAGGGGUGUUUCCCGAUGGUAUUAUUAACUUCUCGGCCCAGAAAAACUACCACUUCAGCUCUCCUCUGGUUGUAUCUUAGGAAUGUGUGUACAUUUUCAGCAGUGACUCUCUGUAACGUUACUUAGUUUCAGUUGACCUGUUUACCUCUCUUUUAUCUUUUUAUUUCAUUCUGUUUGUUUACUUUGUAAGUGUGACCCAGGCGAAGGGGUACAGUAGGAGCAGGCGGUGGUUUUUCAGACGGUCUAAAAGAGGUUUAAAAAAAGGCAACUGCCACUGAGACCUUUGCCCUUUCCCCCUUCCCUGGGUGGCCAUGUAAUGCCAGUCACUGCCCCUUUCCUCAUGCUGUAUAAAACACACACAUAUAUCUGUGUAUUUGUAACCUGAAUCUUCUUGUGUCUGUCCAUGCAGACAAUAAAACAGCUGUACAGUAGAUCUAGUUGCAUGUAAUCUGUACUAAUUAUUGACAAUGGCAUUAUAAAAUGCAAUAAAAUACUUAUUACACUGUC